AAAAUUGUAAGACUUUGAGAGAAAAUAAAAAUAUUAAAAAAUAAACACAAAAAUGGCGCCCAACGGACAAGUACAAAGUAAAAUCAGAAUGCAAACCCAAAAACGUACACAUUUUAAUCCUUUCGGGGAACCAGCGAUUUCAACUCUUAAAGCUCCAAUGGUUCGUAUUGAAAAUCACAAAAGUGAAGUUAUAUCCUGUGAGUUUCAUCCAUCAGGAAAAUAUAUUUUAUCAUCAAAUCGCGAAGGACUAAUUCAUAUUUGUGAUAUUUAUGGAACAUUUUCAAAAAUGAUGGUAAUGGAAGGACACACAGAUGCAGUCAUGGAAACACAUUUCUCCCGCGAUGGGUUCGAUGUUUACUCCUGCUCCAGUGAUGGAACCUUAGGAAUAUGGGAUACAUUUGGAGGCACUCGGAAAUCGACAUUACAAGGACACAAGGGUAGUGUCAAUUGCAUGCAAGGAAACAAAAUAGGAUAUCCUUUGCUAUGUUCAGGAUCAGAUGAUGGUACAAUUCGAAUUUGGGAUACUCGUGAACAUAAGAGUACACUAACCAUUGAGAGUGAAAAAAGUAAACUCGUGACUGCAUGUUCCUUCAGUGAAACCGGUGAAUAUGUUUUCUCUGGAGGAUGUGAUGGUAAUAUAGAAAUUUGGGAUCUUCGACAAAAGAAGCUUCUAAAUGUGUUGUUUGAACACACAGAUAAGAUAACUGGAGUCUCUUUGUCACCUUGUGGAGGUUAUUUGCUUUCUCACUCGAAAGACAAUACACUUCGUGUUUGGGAUGUUGGUCCUUAUACAGAUCUGAAUAGAGAAAUUCGUUGCUUUAGAUCCAGUCACGAUGGAGUUGAUAAUCUUUUGCGAUGUAAAUGGUCACAUGAUGGAUCUAUGAUAUCAGCUGGCACAUCAGAGCGUGAUGUCUUUGUUUGGGAUUCGGAUAGUGGUGAAAUUAUAUACGACCUACCCGGUCACAACAGCAAUGUAAAUGAUGUGGCUUUCCAUCCAAGAGAACAGAUUUUAUUAUCAGCGUCUAGUGACACAUUUCUAUUUUUGCAUGAAAUUAAUUGAACUUAGUCCCAAUUUAUUGACUCUCCAUUCAA